CUUCUUUCGGACUCUCGCUGACAGAGCUCGCUGUAACAGCGGUCGCCGCGAGUUGUACACCGCGAUAGAGAGAGACAGGAAACUGCACGAGUUAAAAAUAAACGCCUAGCAGGGGGAAGGGGCGAGAGGGGCACCAGCAUAACCUUGCGGACAAUCGUGCGGUGUCAGUCGCCGCGAGACUACCGCCGAAAAAUGUCCACGUGGCAGCCGUUGUUCGUGAUUAUUGGGCUGCUGGCAUGUUGUUGCGGCGAACAACAGCAUGCGAGACAGCGAUCCUUUCAGAGCACGCUGGGCCAUUUAAUUCCACAAUCGCGACCGGAAGUGCAGGCGAAGGCUGCUGGAGGCGUUGCCGAGAGGCUGCUGGGCGCGGAUCGGGCUCGAUUGUUUCUACUGAACGUGGACCCGUCGAUUGGGCCAGUUGGAAAAGACACGUUUACGAUCGAAAAGAAUUCCGCUGGAAAAAUCGAGGUCACCGGCACUUCCGGGGUGGCCGCAGCAUGGGGGUUGCAUUACUAUCUGAAACAUUAUUGCAACGCCCACGUGUCGUGGGAAGGGGCUCAAUUGGAGUUACCGGCCACGUUGCCGGACGUUCGCGUGAAUGUUACGUCGAACGACAGGUUCCGGUACUACCAAAACGUGUGUACCUUCGGCUAUAGUUCAGUCUGGUGGCACUGGGACCAGUGGGAAAGGAACAUCGACUGGAUGGCUCUUAAUGGAAUCAAUUUAGCGCUCGCCUUCAAUGGGCAAGAAGCUAUCUGGAAGCGUGUCUAUCUAAAGCUCAACUUGAGCCUGACCGAGAUCAACGAACACUUUACGGGACCAGCUUUCCUGCCUUGGUCCAGAAUGGGAAACAUUCGUGGCUUCGGGGGCGGUCUGACCGUGAACUGGCACGAAAAUUCGAUCCGCUUGCAGCACCGUAUCCUCGACAGGAUGAGAGAUCUAGGGAUCAUUCCUGUGCUUCCAGCCUUCGCUGGCCACGUUCCCAGAGCCUUCAAGAGACUGUUUCCCGAGGCGAACAUGACCAAGUCCGGCGUCUGGAAUCGUUUCGCGGAUGGGUAUUGUUGCCCUUAUCUCCUGGCUCCCACGGAUCCGCUGUUCCAGACCGUCGGAGCAAUGUUUCUGAGAGUGUACAUCGAGGAGUUUGGGACAAACCACGUGUACAACUGCGACACUUUCAACGAGAACGAGCCAGAAACAGGGGAGCUGGCGUAUCUGAGAAACAUGGGACGCUCCGUCUUCGAUGCUAUGGUGCGGGUCGAUCCUGAAGCAAUAUGGCUGAUGCAGGGAUGGCUGUUCUACCACGACCAGAUCUUCUGGACCGCGCCCAGAGUCGAAGCCUUUGUGACUUCUGUGCCAAUUGGCAGAAUGAUCGUGUUGGACCUCCAAUCGGAACAGUUCCCUCAAUACAACAAAUUCGACUCCUACUACGGUCAACCCUUCAUCUGGUGCAUGUUGCACAACUUCGGUGGUACACUGGGCAUGUUCGGGUCCGCGGGCAUCAUUAAUCGCCGCGUUUUCCAAGCGAGAGAAAUGCCGAACAGCACGAUGAUCGGCACCGGUCUGACGCCGGAAGGGAUAAAUCAGAACUACGUGAUCUACGACCUAAUGAACGAGAUGGCCUACCGGCGGACACGCGUCGACCUGGAUAAAUGGUUCGAAGACUACGCCGCUCGAAGAUACGGCGGGACGGACGAGAACGUCUCCGACUCCUGGAAGCUUUUGGGCAGAACGGUGUACAGUUUCACCGGCAAUAGAAGAGUGAGAGGGCGCUACGUGAUCACGAGCCGACCAAGUUUGAAGCUCGAGCCGUGGACCUGGUACAACCCGGACAUGUUCGUUAAAGCGUGGUUGAACUUCAUGACGGCGGCGCGUGAAAUGGGGAACAAUACUCUUUACAAGCACGACGUCGUCGAUGUUACCCGACAGGCCUUGCAAUUGAGAGCCGACGCGAUUUACCUGGACUUGGUGAGGUCCUUCAACGGGGCCAAUAUUGUUGCGUUUAGAGCGUCCGCUAAAUCGUUGUUGGAAGUGUUCGACCAUUUGGAGGACGUGUUGGCCAGCAGCGAGGACUUCUUGCUCGGUACUUGGCUGCGAGAUGCUAAAAGCCACGCGGACGACGGCCUCGAGGAGAUGCUGUACGAAUACGACGCCAGGAAUCAGAUCACCCUGUGGGGCCCACGCGGCGAGAUUCGGGACUACGCGAACAAACAGUGGGCCGGAGUCGUUGCCGAUUACUUCAAGCCGCGCUGGGCUAUUUUCUUGGAGUCCUUGGACGAUGUUCUGGCCAAGGGCGAGAGGCUGAACAUCACCAAGAUCAACGAGAGGAUCUUCAGGGAGGUCGAGAAGCCGUUCACAUUCUCGCGGAAGAUCUAUCCGACCGUGCCGCGAGGCGACGCUGUCGAGACGGCGACCAGAAUUUCGUCGAGGUGGACGAGGACCAGUUACGGGACAGAAGGAAGGAAUCUUGAUGGAAGACGAUCGUACAUCAACCAAGACGUUUAAACUUUGUAAAGAUCGUUAAUAUUGUUAAAAGAGCAUUCUACCAUCGGAUAGAAUUACAGAUUGAAACGGCGAAGAUAAAUUCGAGGGGGGCGUAGGGUUAAUCGUAGAUAUCUAAAGAGACGGUAAAAAGGAAUUAUCGUUAACGAUCGAGUGUCUAACUAAAUACAGGUACAUCGGGCACAGUAAAGUAUCUAGACGUAAGAGAGUCGCGAAAGUGCUUUUCCGUUCGCCGGUGACAUCGUCUUUCGCGUGGUUUAAACGGCGGUGUGGCAGUAGAUGAUCAAUGGAACCGUCUUCGACUGACCGACCGCCUGUUCGCUGCGUGAUGCAAUUCAAAGAGAAAUCAUCGGUGAGAGAUUGAUUGUCGAGGGAAAUCAACGUACGGCCCGGAAGAUCUGUCGCUGUUGGUCGCCAAUCCGGCCGACGUUCUCUCGCGACUUGUGUCCUGACGGUCUUCGGCAAGUUGGACCAGCGAUGGCGAACCUAUGACCCGCGGGUCAGACACUGACCCACGCGGGCUACUCAAAUUACCCGCGCGAUGAUACUCAUAAACUUAUUUUUUUAUAUCAUGAAAGAGAGAACGGGAAAUCAGGAAUAUUAGAAAAAUAAAGUACGUAUAUCUAA